UGAGCUGUGAAAUCUGUGACGGCUCACAGCGCACUCCAGCAACAUAAAUAUGUCCUCCAUCGUCACUUUGAAGACAGAAAAUCAAAGUUGAGUUUGUGAGAGAAAGAGAAAGUUAAGCGACAAUGGAAGGUUUGAUUCCAUAUCUGAUUCAUGCGAUGAAGAAGCAAAAGCCUGAUGUUAAGCGCAGCUACAGAAGCUUCUCCCAUUCUGAAAGCUCAAACCGCAGCUACCAUUUGCUGUUGGCAUCUGAUGGAUCUUCUCACAGGAGAACAAGGUCUGAUUUUCAGCCUCCCACAACUGAGUUCUUUGAGCAGAGACUUGGUGCUGAUGCCGUAUCUCCUUCUGUCAAUGUUAAAUCUUCUUAUGCUGCUCAACACUCUACCAAUAUCACUGUUCGCCAUCGCAAUUGAUGUCUUCAACAUUCAUUCUUUUUGGACUUUCAGAUAUUAUGUCUCUUCUAAGGUUUGAUUCAUUCGUUUAAGACCAUGGGUCACUAUCAAUUGUAAUCUUAUUGUGUAUACUUCUGAUCUUGUGUAACCACACUCUGUAAUCAAUGAAUAUUAAGAAAUUUCAAGAGAA